GGACCCGUUUCCGCGACCCGCUCGACCUCGCUAAGUUCGACCCCCCGCCGUUCCUUUCGCUCGUCCCUUCAACUCCUAGAGAGAGAGUGAGAGAGAGAGAGAGAGAGAGAGGGGGGAGUUGAAUCGGUUCUGACCGCGAGGGAUCGAUUGAUCGUGGUCGGUGCGCCGGAUUUUGAUACCGUUUAGUCUCCAAUUUUCGUCUUCCUUUUGGUUUUCUGUGGGAAAUUCAGGUGCUACUUCUCUUGUCCGAAGUUCUCUGUUCGUGGGAGGGUUGGAAUAAGCCUACCUCAGCUCAGCUUAGUUUUCAGUCGGAGAUAUGCUGUCUGGUGACCCAAUCAAAUUUUGUUGGUACUUGUGCAGAAGCUGAAGCUGUGAUGAUUCUUGUUUUGACUGUAUUUUUGGCUCCAUGUUUUUGGCAAGCUGGAAGCCUUUGAUCCAGGUUGGAGAAUCUUUUUUAUACAAUGUUACCCAAGGUCUGAUAUCAUUAAUCAAUAUUGUUGACCUAAAUAAACAUGGCACUGGAGAGCUUCUUCACAUCAAUUGAGUUGGAAAGUGGGCUUGUAAGCACUUCUAAAGUCGAGAGGUUGAUUUCUUUGAUACAGCAUGAUAAGCCUUCAAGUUGCGACGAUGAUUUAUGCAGGAAUUGGAUCACCAUUGCAAAAACUUUAGCUAUUACAAAAAGCAUUGAUUGCGUGAAACUUUUUAUUCAGUUAGGUGGGCCAAAAUCGUUGGACAGGUGGCUCCAAGAAGCUCAAAAGGGUGCUAUUAGCUGCAGUGAAAAGCUUGUAGAAGAACUGAUAAUUGCAGUUUUAGAUGCACUUAGGGAGCUGUCUUUGGAAGAGGAAGAGCUAAAAGCAUGUGGAAUUAAAAAAACGAUUGUGUGCUUCCUUGCACAUGAAAAUUUUGAGAUCCAAGACCGAGCAAAGAACCUGUCGGCUGGUUGGGGAAAUAUCACAAAUAUGGAUGCAGAUCAGCAGGAGGAGAACAAAGGUGUAGUUCCUUUGGGAUGUGAAUAUAAGUUUGUCAAUAGCUUGGGUGAGAAUGCUGAGCGUCUGGAUUGUAUAAAGACAACCAAUUCAUUGACAAAAGAAGGUGCCACUGCUGAAGAAAGUCGCAAUAGUCUGACUGUGCAGGAUGCUGCCACUAAUGCUGUGCCACACAAUGAACGGAGGUGUGGCACUGAUGGACUGAAAACAGAAAGUUCAGUAUGUGCAACUGAUUGCCUGACCAGUAUAACUGUGGAUGCUCAGAGAGCUGGUCCUAGUGAUAUUCCGCUGGUGGAAAGUUCUGUUUCUUCUAAUAUGCCACAAAAGAUCUCCGUGGAAGAGGUAAUUUCCAAUAUUGGGUCUUCAGGAAACAUUACUGGUUUAGGACAUGAUAAGAUUUCUGAAAGUGAAGGAAACAAACUGAUUGAUGAAAAUUGCUCAGAGUCAGAGAAAAGUCAUUUUGAAAAUGAUCCUUUGAAUCUACCUUUGGAAACAUCAAAGAAGGAGCAAGGUGGUUCCUCUUUGCCUAUGUCAAAGACAGUUAUCUCAUCAUCUUGUCCUAAAGAUACUAUUUACUCUUCACAUUCAGCUGAGAAAUGUGAUACAAAUGCAGAAGGCAAAGAGAGGAUAUCCACUUUGUCCAUGGAUUACUCUGACAUCGAGCAGAAGCAUAAUGAGUCACAGUCUGCAAAAUUAACUGAAGAUUCACCAGAUUACUGGAAAAGAAUUAUGCAGCAGAAGCCUGAGAAGCAAAAUAAGGUGUUCUUGUCCUCUACGACAGUAAUGCAAAAUGUCGACAUCUGUCAUGGCAAAGAUGGAUUGAGAGUAUUAACUGAGGAGGUGUUUCCCUUUAGAGAGGAUGUAAGGAAAGAUUCAGUUGUUAAAUCCGAUAUUAACAUAAAAGCAGUUGAAAGAGUAUCAGCUGUAGAAGAGAAGACUAGUUCAAUUUUGACCCUAGAAAGAGAAAACAUGGAUGAGAGGGAUGGGAAAACUUUAGAAAUGGACCUUGCAUAUGGAGUGGUUGAUGCGCUUGAGGUGGCUCGACAAGUUGCAAAAGAAGUGGAGGAAGAGGUGGGGAUCUACAGAGAGGCCUCAUGUAGCUCUAGCUCGAAAAUGGACAUGCAUGGUGAAACAAUACAUCCUAGUACAGCUGAUUCUGCUGACAUUAAGAGGAGAUCAGAAGUUGAGAGAGAGGAAUCAUGCAAUGAGUGUGCUAGUUUAAAGAGCUCUCAUUCAUCUAGGGAGGUGGACCUUGAAAUGGCAUCAGAAAAUGAACAGUCAUGUUCUGAGGGAGAAGAGGCACCACAAGAGGUAAGUGGUACAAUGCCUGAAGGUGAGGACCAAAUUCAUGAUCAGGAGUCCUCGCAAUUAACGACAGUCCCACAGGAAUCUAUCCAUGAGAAGAUCCACCUUGGUUUUGACUUGAAUGAGGAUGUUCAGAUGGAAGAAGGUAAUUGCCCUGAACAGUCUCCUGGUGCAACUGCAUGUUCCUUCCAUGUUAGUACCUUGUCAACACCAAUUGCAGUUGUAGCUGCCUCUAAGGGGCCUGUAACUGGGUCAGCAUCCCGCUUGCACUUUGAAGGGGAACUGGGAUGGAGAGGAACUGCAGCAACUAGUGCAUUUCGUCCAGCCCCAUCUAGAAGAACUCCAGACAAUGGCAACACAUGUUCCAUUGAGGAGAACAACUAUAUUUUGAAACAAUCGGACCUUUGCAGUGGAAUUGACCUCAAUGUAGCUGAUGGAGGUGAUUCUGUACCAAUGAACUUUUUUGCAGACAGAAAUGGGCGGUUGGAUAAGCAUGGACAGAUUUCACUUAGUUUACCAUCUGAUGACUCAUCUAUGGAGGUGAGCUCAAAACGGGCUGAAAGACUUAAUCUGGAUCUCAAUCACUCUGGGGAAAUCGAUGAAAGUUGUCAAGACCUUUUAUCAGAUAGGCAAUCAGGUUAUAAGAUGGAGCACCAGCAGAAUGAGUCACUUAUUACAUCUGCUGCACCAUUUAGAGUUCCAGCAAGGAACUUUGAUCUGAACGACCCAUCCUUCAGUGAUGCUUCCCACGAACCAGACUUCAGAAAACCUUCAAAAGUGGCAAAACUAGAUGAUUCUGUUGUUUCAAUCAUGGGCUCUCGGAUACGACCAGGAACUAAUCAUUUGCAAGCUCCAAAUCAUUUUGCUUCAGGAUCGCAAAGGCAUGAGUAUGCUGUUGAGCACAAGCAGCUUCUGAACGAGAUGCAGCCAUACCUGGUAGGUGCUGUUCCGUAUAUAAGCCAGAUAGGCAAGGUGGUACCCGUGCAGCCCCCUCUGGCUUUUGCAACUCAGCCUGCUUUUCCCUAUAGUGGAGUGGGUCUGAGCCUUGCCAUGCCACCAAGCUCAACCAGUCACUCGAUUGGUGCAAUUCCUUGCAUGCUAGAUGCACGGGGAACCACUAACAUGCCCCAGAUGCUAGGGCCUGGUACGUUUGCUGCAUUUCCUCGACCUUUCUUCAUGGGAGUUGUUACUGGUAUGCAGGAAACAGACACCAAUCCAUCAAGACCAAGCCUUGACCUGAACGCUACAGGAUCAACAUCAUUGGAUGCAGAUUCCAGGGAAGGGGGAGGUGUCAGAAACCGGUUCUUUCCUGGGGAUGGCCCAGUAGUGGAAGAUCACCCCAGGCCCUUUCAAGUUUCUGUGGCCGGUACUUCUGUGAAGCACAAAGAGUCAGAUUGUGGUUGGGAGCCAUAUCAAGUUGGUUACAAAAGAACUUGAUGGCGCAAAGUUUAUGCUGGAGUUUUCCUCCUUUUCUACAUUUUUUAACCUUAUGAAGUAUCAGAGGAAUGGGAUGAUGGUGUCUCAAGGAGCAUCCAACUGUGCUUCUCAAUUAUUAGGCGUGACCUUUGUUGAUGUUCUCUGCUUAUUCUGGGCCUCUUGACUGCAUCCUUAGCACAGGGGUUAUGGUAUCAUGCUGUUGAAGCCGUGGACUGGAAAUCUUGUGUGAGAUUUUGGACAUGCUGAGGCUAUUUUCUGUUUCUACCCAAUAACUUGCCCUGCCGCAGCUCGCUCCUGUCGUUAACAGCGGCUCUAAAUUCCUUGGGCGUCGGCACACUGGCUGUCAAGCGUUCCUGUAUAUUUCAUUCACUUAACACUUAACAGUUUCUUUGUCAACAAGCAAUCCCCAUCAUCUUGUCAUCGAGCAAUCAGGCUCUUAAUUUUUCACCGUUUCUCUAGGUCUCUGGGUCUCCUUCCGUUCACAUCAGUUUGAGGCAGAGCGCUGAGAAGUCCCUUUUCUGAAUGUUCAGCAGGACUCUUGAAUUUUGAUUCAGGAUCGAGUGUCUCAGGGGAGUUGCCUGUAGAUUAGUUGGCCCUUCUAUGUGAUUCAUGGAAAUUGAUUACAGGAAAUCUGUACGUUAUCUAUAGAAAAAAAUGUAAUAGAUAAUACAUUGAUUGGUUCCUAAAAUAGUUUCUCUUUCUGAA